AGGGGAAAAAAAGACAAACUUGGCAAAUGAAGAAGGAGAAUAACCCAUGGACGGGUUUGGAAUUUAAUGCCAAGCAGGAGGAUCUUCAGUGGCUAGAGGGUUGCAUGGUUGGCAUAGUUUAUUCUAUUGAAUCAAUACCAUUGUUACAAGAGAAAAUUUUCAUGGAAGGGUACUUUUCAUGCAAAGUACAUGCAAUAAGCGGAAUGUUGGUGCUACUGGAAGGAGGGAUAAGGAUGAACUCAAGGAUUUGGUGGAAUAUCAGCAUCGAAGUGGAUAAUUCUAGUGAUGAGAAGUCUUCGUCAUUGGAAGAUGAAUCAGAGAGUUGUCAUGGUGUUAUCGAAGAUGGUGAUAGAGGAGAUGAUGGUGUGGUACUUGACAAGGAGAGGAAGAGUGCCGUUAAAGAUGUGGAUGUGGAAGAGUCAUUGGGAAGUUGAAGAAUGGUUUGUGAAUCAAAUGAGGAGAUUUGGAAUCAAAGGGGGUGCUUGUUUUGAAUUGGAAAAUAGUAAAAAUAUUAGUUUGGAUCCUUCCCAUGAUAUCAAUUUGAUCUGCAACUUAUUGAUUGGGGCAUCUGACAAUGUGGUGGUGCAUGAAAAAUCAAAGUUUGUAGGCAAU